AUGGAUGAGCUGAGGACAUCUGUGGUCUUCCUUCUUCACCUGGCUGCAUGUGUUGCUGUCCCCGUGCCAUGUGAGGUGAGGGUGGUCCGUCUGGAAGCAGAGGUCCAGGACCUGAUGAACGUGAUCAGCGACCAGCAGCGCUACAUCCAGGAGCUCCACAACAGCCAGGCCCAGCAGCUGGAGCACAUACCCAACUCACACCUGGGACCCGAGAACCUGCACAGAGACUGUUCCCAGGUGUUUGCAGAUGGUAACGUGGCUAGUGGGCUCUAUGUGAUUCGGCCAGACGGUUCUCCCACUGCACUGACUGUUUACUGUGACAUGAACAAUGGAGGAGGAUGGACCGUCUUCCAGAGGAGGAGAGACGGCAAGGAGAGCUUUGACAGAGCAUGGGUAGAGUACAAGCAUGGAUUUGGAGACCUGCACUCCCCUGACGGAGAAUUCUGGCUGGGCAACGAUCCUCUACAUUACCUCACCUCCCAGGGAAACUACGAUUUGCGGAUUAACAUGGAGGAUUUUGAGGGGAAUCAGCGCUACGCAGAGUACAAGAACUUCAAGGUGGACGAUGAGAAGGACCAGUACCAGUUACAUUUGGAAGAGUUCACUGGGAACGCAGGGGACGCUCUGGCUGAUGCUCACACUCUCUCCCCUGGUGGGAAAAAAUGGGCCAAUCCAGGUUUGGGGUCAAGCGGGGUCAAGUUCAGCACCUUUGAUCAGCCGAACAAUGAGGCUGACAGCCAGUGUGUCAGACUCAGCAAGUCUGGCUGGUGGUUCAGCAGGUGUGACUCGGGGAAUCUGAACGGUCAUUACUACAAAGGGCCGUACGAAGCCAUGACCAAUGACGGAGUGGUGUGGUAUACGUGGCACGGUUGGUGGUACUCCAUCAAAUCCGUGGUGAUGAUGGUACGAGCCGCUGACCUGGAGCAUUCACCGUCGGUCAUCCCCCCAUCAGUGGGGGCGCCAGGCAGUGCCGAUCGUCCUCAGCCGAUUGGCUGAAAGAAACACGUGUCAUCACUUUCUUACCUGUUUGACUUCGUUCACAUCCAUUGAAGAACAAAGUGAUGAAGUCAGUGUGACUCACUCAGGCGUUUCUUCGCAUUCAUUUUAAUAUGUGAAAUAAAAGAUGGCUGCUUUAUUCAUGUGUCAUAUUUAUUCUGUCCAAAAGAAAACAGAACAUGGUACACUGAGGCAUUCUGGGUAAAUCUGAGGUUCUUCAGGACAAAGUGUGAAACAGGACCAGUGUCUGUCAGACAGGUAUGAACUCAUCAGUCACCAUCAGCUCUGACUCGUUUCUGUUAGGGCACAAGGUGGUUUGGGGUGGG